UUACUCAAAGAACUAUCUAUUUUAAUAUGGUUUUUUAAAUAAUUAAAUUAAUUGAUUUUAAAAAUCACUAAAGAAGUUCUAAUUGAAAAAUAAGGGUAAUGUUUUUAAUGCAUAUUUGUAUAAAUUAAAAUUACUCCUUUACUAACUUUUAAAUUUUUUGACGUCAUAACCGCCGGUACAUUUGUCGGCAAGUAUAAAGAGGUAGGCCGCUUUGAAUCGCCGCUCUAGUUCUGUUGUUUGAUUAUAAGCGAACGUUCGUUGAGAUAUUUGUGAUCAAGUUAAUUUGAAUUAAAUCAUGGCUGAACAGAGUAACCAAAUGACGUACAAGUUGCUGGAGCUGAUGCAGAAUACGGGGUAUUCCAUUGUCCAGCAGAACGGCCAACGGAAAUUCGGUCCACCGCCAGAUUGGGUUGGCCCGCCUCCACAAAAGGGAUGCGAAGUAUUUAUUGGAAAGCUACCUCGGGAAAUUUUUGAAGACGAGCUCGUCCCUCUUUUCUCCCGUGUUGGUCAAAUAUACGAAAUGCGACUAAUGAUGGACUUUUCGGGAUCCAAUCGUGGAUAUGCCUUCGUCACCUAUGCCACACGGUCCGAGGCAGCUGCUGCGGUGAGGCAACUUAAUGGUUACGAGAUUAGACCGCGAAGGCAAAUUGGUGUCGUAAAAUCUGUGGAUAACUGUCGGCUUUUCGUUGGAAACAUCCCCAAGACGAAAACUAAGAAUGAAGUGAUGGAAGAACUUUCGAAGAGGGUCACUGGAAUCGUAGACGUGAUCUUAUAUGAAUAUUGUUUUGAUCGUAAACUUAAUCGAGGGUUUGCGUUUGUGGAGUUCACAUCACAUAGGGCUGCUGCGAUGGCUAGGCGCGCGUUGGUACCGGGCUGCGUCAAGCUGUGGGAUCGGGAAGUUAUGGUAGAUUGGGCGGAACCUGAACCAGAUAUUGACGAUGAUCAGAUGAAAAGGGUUAAAGUGCUUUAUGUACGUAAUUUUGAAAUACGGACUACUCCAGAUACAAUUCAAAAAGUAUUUGAAAACGCAAUAAAUAAUAAAGUUGAACGUGUUAAAAAGAUUUAUGACUAUGCUUUUAUUCAUUUUUAUGAAAGGGAACAUGCUGAGCUUGCUAUGUCUAAGUUACAAAAUGCUGACAUCGAUGGUAGUAAUAUUGAGAUACGCUGGGCGAAACCUGUUGACCGUGAUCUAUAUCGGAUACAAAAGUUAAAUAGAGGCAAUGCGAAAUUUAAUAACAGCUUGGAUUUGACACAAACACUGUUACUUUAUAAACAGCACCUUGAAAAGAAAGAGUAUGCCAACAGUCCAAAAGAUGAAGGCAUUGGAUCGGCAUGUGCUGGGGAAAGUCCAUGCUACUCACCAUCUGAUUUAAAAUCUCCUGCUUACUCGUACUCUGCACUGCAAGUAAAUUACACUUUGGCUCCAGCUAAGCUUGAAUCAAUGUGUAAGAGAUAUAUGUGGCCACAACCAACAUAUCAUUUCUUGAAGUAUGAAGAUCCGACUGGAGCAGAAUUAUGGGUGUGCAAUGUAGAGCUGCCGCAAGUUGGACUUCCCUUGCUGACUGUACCACGUCGCAUUGGCCCUCUUUCUACGAGGGCUUGCUUCUCAGACCAACAAGCUCAUGUAGAAGCAGCCGAAAUUGCUCUGCAUACACUUAAGAUGUUAAGAGUAGACCUGAUUCAACAAUCUACCCCUGCUCAACCUAUUUACUCCUCCAUGCCACCGAUGCAGAGCUGCGUGAGAUUGCCUUAUGACUAUCCUACUAUAUAUCCUCAAACACAGCCAGUUGUGCCAAUGCCCACAGUCUGGCGUACAGUUUAAACACAAUAACAAUUUUCUGUUAACUUUUUAAAGAAAAAAUCUGUUCUUUAUUGUUG